GCAUGGAUUUAUGAAGACACUCAUGCAAGAAGUGGGCAGGACUUGGGCAAACUUUUCCACCGGCUCCGCGUCGGCAGCUCCCCGAAUCUCCUCUCCUCUCCUCUCCUCGCCCGGCGGCCGCCGCUGCCCGAGAUGGUGGCCGUGCUGCUGGCCGGCGGCAGCGGGGCCCGCGUGGGGACCGUGCCGGGCGCCUGGCUGUGCUUGAUGGCGCUGCUGCAGCUGCUGGGAUCGGCGCCGCGGGGCUCCGGGCUGGCGCACGGCCGCCGCCUCAUCUGCUGGCAGGCGCUGCUGCAGUGCCAGGGGGAGCCGGAGUGCAGCUACGCCUACAACCAGUACGCCGAGGCGUGCGCGCCGGUGCUGGCGCAGCGCGGCGGGGGCGACACGCCGGGGGCCGUGGCCGCCGCCGCCUUCCCGGCCCCGGGAGCCUCCUUCUCGUCCCGCUGGCGCUGUCCGAGCCACUGCAUCUCGGCGCUCAUUCAGCUCAACCACACGCGCCGCGGGCCCGCGCUGGAAGACUGUGAUUGCGCGCAGGACGAGAACUGCAAGUCCACCAAGCGCGCCAUUGAGCCGUGCCUGCCGCGGACGAGCAGCGGCGGCGGCGGCGCGGGCGGCGCGGGCGCGGGCGGGGUCAUGGGCUGCGUGGAGGCCCGGCGACGCUGCGAGCGCGACAGCCGCUGCAACCUGGCGCUCAACCGCUACCUGACCUACUGCGGCAAGCUCUUCAACGGGCUGCGCUGCACGGACGAGUGCCGCACGGUCAUCGAGGACAUGCUGGCCGUGCCCAAGGCGGCGCUGCUCAACGACUGCGUGUGCGACGGCCUGGAGCGGCCCAUCUGUGAGUCGGUCAAGGAGAACAUGGCCCGCUUGUGCUUCGGCGCCGAUCUGGGCAACGGCCCCGGCAGCAGCGGCUCGGACGGGGGCUUGGACGACUACUACGACGAAGAGUACGACGAGGAGCCUCGCCUCGGCGGGGCGGGCAGCGAACAGCCGCUCGACGACGACGACGGAGUCCCGCACGCCCCGCGCCCGGGCGGCGGCGCUGCUGCGGCGGCGGCGGGUGGCCGCGGGGAGCCGCCCUACGGGCCCGGGCGCAGAAGCGUCAGCGGAGGCGGCGGCCGCGCGGUGUCCCGAGGCGCCGGGACCCCGCUCGCCUCCAUCUUGCUGCUGCUGCUGCUGCUCGGGCGGCUGGCUUAGACUUGGGCGCCCCACCGUUAGCUGCGGGAGAGCCCCCGCGUCCCGCUUCCCCGCUCGCGCUCUCCAGCUGCGGGACGGAGUGGGAUGGUGGGGCCACUUUACCCCCCACCCCAUCUUUUGCCUGGUCGACUCGGCCUAGCCGGUCGACCGGCCAGGACGCUAGGCACUUAGGCGUCUGCUCUCUCCAAGCAUGACUUCUUGGACCUCGCCCCUCGCCCCUCGCAUUUUUACCAAGUGGCCCGUUCUGCCGAAGCCAGCACACGGGGAAACACGCUUAGGACACAACCGGUGUCUCCGGGACUUGGGACGGACCCCUUAGGGUCUUAACAGUUCCAAGGAACUGGGUUUGAAACCGGGAAGGUGGGACUAGGGUGAAGAAGGAAUGGUCCUGGCAAAGGGGUCUGACCGUUUGUUAGCAUUUUUUUCCCCCCUGCAAUAGUGGAGGGAAAUAGUGACGGUAUCGACUUUUAUUGCUUGUGGCCAUUGAGGACAAAACAAUCGUAAGUAAAUAGAAAAGUCCCACGUUCAUUGCUACCACUCUGAGUUUGUUUUUUUAAAGCAUGUUUCUUGGGAUUAAGGGCCCAAAAAUGGUUGAUCUAAAGAGUUACUAUGAUGUUGAACAAUGCAAUUUUUUUUUAUUUUAAAAAGCUCUGUACUGCCAUCUAUGAAAGCCUCUUUAAGGUGUUUAUUUUGUUGCCAUUUUCAUUGUUUGCAUCAAGAAAUUACACGUUCAAGUAUGCAGAGCUUGUAUAUUGCCUCUGCUCCUAUCAGGGUGUUAAACCCUGGUAUAUCCUAUAUAAAGUGUGUUAAAAACUGGGGUUUGUUACCAGUUGCUAUAUUUUGUAUAUAGAAUUUUUAUAAAUUGUAUGCUUCAGAAAAUAAUUUAUUUUUAAAAGAAAUUAAAAGUUUUAAAACUGUAUGUUACACCCUCACUCUCCCGUCCCCCCAAUUUUCACCAAGGAUCCAAACCCACAGUCCAUUUUGAAGUAUGCUCCAUUUAGAACCAUCCUAAAAUGUACAGUGUAUUUUAUAGAUUUGAAGUAACAUCCUUAUUUUCCAGAGAAUUUAUGGACAUUGUAGAAAUGUAUAAACGCAUUUCCAAACUGCCUUAAACCUUGUAUUUUUAUAGACAUCAUUUUUUAAAGUCCUGUGUUUUAAAUAACUAUGGCUUUGCGUAUUUUUUGUUACUUGUUUUAUUAAAAAUGUGUACAUCAGUAAAGAGUUUAAACAGUGA